AUGCAGGAGGAAAAAAGGAACACAUUAUUGGAAGGUGAAGGAAUUUUAAGUAUAACUGGAAGAAUUGUUAUAGUGGCAGAAAACUUGGCCUCAUUGUGUUCUACAGUUGUGGAGAAAGCAGAAAUUGUAAAUGAUGAAAUUGGAUAUGUUGCUGAAGAGAUUUCCAAGCAAAGUAUUAAAGAGGCAACCUGUUUUUCUUUUCUUUCUUUCUUUUUUUUUUUGCUUAGUAAAAUGCAGGAGGAAAGAGAUAAAUUGAGGAAGGAAUUGUUAAGCAAAAAGGAAGCAGUGCUUGAUGAUUUGAGAGGUUAUUUGCCUAUCUAUAUUUCAAAGGAUGUUAAUACUAGGAGACUGAUUAGGGAAGUGUGUUCUGGAGAGAAGGCCAAGGGUAUAGCUGGAUAA